AAAAUAACUGUUAGCAGGCAGUCCCCCUCACUGUCUCGAGACAGUUCACCAUGCAGAGGAUGACGGAGGAGCUCCAGUCCGCCCCCGAGCAGAGCUCCUGGAUGUCGAGUUGGAUUCCCUCCUGGUGCCCCACUUCUCCCACUCAGCUCAAAGAUGCCGAGGAAAAAAUGCUCAAGAGUGUGAGGCGGCCUUUCUCCAGGCAACAUGUCCACAUAUCCAACAACAACUCUUUGUGGACAGUAGCAUUCUCCACUCAUCUGCAGCCAUCCUCUCCAUCUUGCCCCCAAGUCCCGCCCAGGCCUCCUCUGGUUCUCCUGCACGGCAUCGGGGGCGGUGUUGCCCUCUGGGCCCAAAACUUGGACUCUCUCUCUAGCGAUGGCCCAGUCUACGCUCUGGACCUGCUGGGCUUCGGCAGGAGCAGCCGCCCCGAGUUCAGCGCCGACCCGGAAGGAGCCGAGGAGCAGUUCUUGGCAGCGCUGGAGGAGUGGAGGGAAAAGGUGGGACUGGAGGAAAUGGUGCUGCUGGGACACAACCUCGGAGGAUACCUGGCUGCUGCCUACACUCUCAAGCAUCCUCACAGGGUAAAAAGUCUGCUGCUGGUUGAGCCGUGGGGAUUCCCUGAACGUCCCGACAACCCCAACCAUAACUCCAUCCCAGUGUGGAUCAGAGCCAUAGGGGCUGUCAUGAGCCCCUUCAACCCUCUGGCUGGACUCAGGCUUGCUGGACCACUGGGUCCAAUGUUGGUUCAGACCAUCAGGUCCGAUUUCAAACAGAAAUACUCGUCUGUGUUCGAUGACAACACAGUGUCUGACUACAUCUACCACCUGAACGCCCAGACGCCAAGCGGAGAAACAGCCUUUAGGAACAUGACUAUUCCCUACGGCUGGGCUAAGAGACCGAUGCUGGAGAGGAUCGGCCAGAUUCAAGCCGACAUUCCCAUUUCCUUCAUCUAUGGAUCCCGCUCCAGCAUCGACAGCAACCCUGGCUGCGCUUUGAAGACAACUAGACCAGACGUGGAAAUCACAGUGAUCCGAGGAGCGGGCCAUUAUGUUUUCGCCGACCAACCAGAUGACUUCAACCAGGCGGUCCUAAGGAUCCUCGCCAGAACAGCCAGCAGAAGUGAGGAUGAGGAGCAGUGAGAGUUCCUUCAUUCUGAAAAUACACAGGAGAGCACAGGGAUAAAGUGACACUGCACCGCCACAACAGUUCAACUGUUCUGCCUCUUUGUCAUGCACUUUAGUCUUGAGACACCCAUAGAUGAUUGA